AACGAACACAAAACAUAUCUAUUCUCUAGCUAAUAUCUUCUUCUUCCUCUCGAGUCUCGAUUCUCUAGCUGUCUUUCUUUCUUGAAAUUGAUUCAAACAAAAUAAUUUCAAGAACAGCACGAGAUUAUAUAUAUGGCUCCUGUCUCGUUACCUCCAGAAUGUGAGCCUUCCGCUUACGGCAUGCAGGACGCAUAUGCACUUUGUCGUGUGUUCAAAAAGAUUGUUAUUGAAGCUAAGCCAAGAGAUCAGCACCGGUCAUAUGUACACGCGAUGUCAAAUGUGAGUGGUAAUUGCUCAUCGAGUUUUGACGCUUGUUCGGGUCUCGAAAUCAGUUCAACUACUCAUCAAGUUCAAAACACAUUCCAACCGCGAUUUGGCAACGAGCGUUAUAACUCUAACGCAAUCAGCAACGAGGACUGGUCACAAUACUACGGUUCUUCUUAUAGACCGUUCCCUACUCCAUAUAAGGUUAAUACAGAGAUCGAAUGUUCAAUGUUACAACACAAUAUAUCUCUACCACCGUUGCGUGUAGAGAACUCUUCGGUUAGUGAUUGCGAUUUCUUCACGAGUAUGACUCACAACAACGAUAAUGGCGUUUUUGAUGACUUUACUUUCGCUGCAAGUAACUCCAACCACUAUAAUAGCGUUGGUGAUCAAGUGAUCCACGUUGGCAAUUAUGAUGAACAACAAUUAAUAACGUCAAAUCAUCAUAUGAACCAAGAUCUUGGAUUUCAUGGGAACAAUACCAAUGACAACAUAGAUAUCGAUGAUUUUUUCUCGUUUGAUAUGUAUAACGAGGAAAACGUAAACCGGAUAGAAGACAAUGAAGACGCAAAUACAAAUGAAACCCUUGAUUCAUCGGAAUUCGAUGUGGUUGAAGAGGAAACAAGAUUUAACAACCAAAUGCUCAUCUCGACAUAUCAAACAACGAAGAUUCUAUAUCACCAAGUCGUACCUUCUCACACGGAGCGAAACCCUAAUAUCAUGCGGCCGCCGAAUCUGAGAUCCCUUAUUGCGCAGGGUUACUACCGAGGUGGGAGAUCCACGGUGUCUCGUCAAUCUCGCAAUUUCUGUUCUGCCCCUAUCAGCAGCAAUGAGUCGAAGGGAGCAGGAGAGACCGUUGGCGUGUGGCUGAUCUUGCGUCCAGUUGCAGGAUUAUAUGCGGGAGCUUACAUAAGUUAUCGCGUACUUGGCGAUAAGGCAUCGGAAAUUGAAAAGGCCAUGAACGAGAAAACGAAGGAGACUGAGGAUUUCAUGGAACAAUCGGAAAAGAAGUGGGUUACUACCGAGGUGGGAGAUCCACGGUGUCUCGUCAAUCCCGCAAUUUCUCUUCUCCCCCUAUCAGCAGCAAUGGUAAGUGGUGAUGUUCUCUCAAUUUUCCGUAUCGAAUUCGCGAUCACUGGUUUUCGAUGUCUUGCAGCUUCAAACGAAGCCGGAGGGAAAUUUCCCUCCGCGGCAUGGGUGAAUAACACUAGCUUCUUUAAAUGGAUGGCGUUUGGAUAUAUUGGUUACACUAGUUGGGAUCUUGUGGGGUUAGCAAGACUCUACCUUGAGGCAAAGACAUAUCGUGAAAAAUUACAACUCAUGAACCAACGUCAUGAUGAAAUGGUGUCCAAGGCGAUUAGUGAGGUGCAUGAGAUUUGUGAUCGGCGUAGAUGAAUGAAUUCAGAAGAGAAGCUUGUCUAUUGUUUAUGCGUGUUACGCCUGUGGGCAAAAAUAAUUAUUACAAUCCAUA